UUUUCCUCCCGCUCGAACGCUCCUUCAGCCGCUGGAGGAUGUAAACAAACAGCCUCGGCGUGCUGAACAAAAUCUCCUUUAUUUCCCGCUACAACCUGAUGGCCCAGUUCCCUCUGGGAAAAGGAAGUACAUCAUCCUUGCAAGCUCCCCUUGGUCCCCUGUAAGGGGAGAGGACAAGACUGUGGAGAGGAUUGUCCCAUAUAUGCUGGGGGUGGGGAAGGAAGAGGAAUAUUUGUGGAUGUGGAUAUGGAGAAAACUCUGAUUGCUCCAAAAAGAAAAAUGGGUGAAGAAGUAACAGAAAACUUUGAUGUGAAUGGAGUUGUUAAGAAAUCCAAGGGAAAUCAUGUCCGCAGUGAAGGGUUUGCCAUUACUGAAGUACGAGGAGACCUCUUCACAUGCUCAGACAGUACCUCUUUAGCUCACUGUAUAUCACAAGAUAUACGGAUGGGCAAAGGUAUUGCAACCCAUUUCAAGGCAAAGUUUGGCGGUGUUCAAGAGCUGGCAGAGCAGGGCAAGAAGCCGGGUGAUGUUGCCAUCCUAAAAAGAGGCCAGAGACAUAUCUAUUAUUUAGUCACUAAGGAGAGGUACUGGCAUAAACCUACCUAUUUAAGUCUACGGUCAUCCUUAGAAGCCAUGAAAAAGCAUGCCAUGGAGCACAACAUUGGUGCCAUUGCCAUGCCUCGCAUCGGGUGUGGCCUUGACGGCUUGGUUUGGGAUCGUGUUCGAGAUAUCCUGACUGAUAUAUUUAAAGAUACGGAUAUAAAGAUUACUAUUUAUUCCAUUUGAAAUCUUUACCUACUUAUUAUUUUCUCAGUUUUCUAGGUACCUCCCAAAAGGAUUUGUGCAUGUAUGGUUUUGUAAUUAAUGUAUGUGUUAAGUUUGUAUAUUCAGCUGUAUUUCUUAAGUAUAUUUUAAAUAUUAAUGAACAUUCAAAUAUUUUGUAAGUAGCCAAACCUUUUUCUUUAUACUUAUUACUUCAGAGCUAGGUUGAAAGUGUCAUUAGUUGUCGUAAUUCUUUCUCGGUAAGAUACAUGAGAUAGGGAACCAAUAACUAGCAUCUGUAAGGGUUUCCACUUCUAUGGCAGCUGUGUUGAUAAAUAAAACUGUGUGGAACCAUAAAUUUGUUCAGAUGCCAAAUGCACAAAACUAAAAGUAUGUGGCUUCCUUACUUGUACAUGUAUAGUAACACACACACACACACACACACACACACACCAGUUGUUGGAAACAUCAUCAAAUGGAGGUGGAGAGAGGACCAACCUAUUGUGAUAAAAGGGAAAAAGAGUGCAUAUAUGAGGCCCUUUAUUUAAAUAGUGAAAACAAACCAGAGAAAACUUUGUUGUGCAGAAAAAUACUGUAGUUGUUGUUGUGGCUUCAAUGGCCAGGCAAUGGCAGAGGCAGUGGUUACCACAACAAACCAACAUGAUUUUGAAGGUUUUACAUCUAGCAAUCAUUAAAUGGGAUUGAGUUUAUUUAAAGUAGCAUGUGUUGAAAAAUGGCAGAGGGUAAAAACUAGGAAAUGCAGAAGGUAUGGACUCCUGUGAGAGUUACAGACUGUCUAAGGAGCAGGCAAGAAAAUGAUAUGACUUGAGAUUCCAACGAAAAACUGUAUCCUCCGUUUCUUCUGAACAAGAAAGGGAGUAACAGGCCUAAAAAUAUAUACUGAAACAGACAAAAGUGAAAUAGAGCUGAGCUGAUCAUGAGACAAAAUAAGUUGUGGGAGGAGGAAUGAGACAAGAUGAAGAGGCAACCUGAGAAUGACAUGAAAGAAAAGAAACAUGAAGAAAACAUCUGCAAGAUCAAACCACAAGAAUUGGAAAAAAAAAUUCAGGUGGUGGGCAGCCUUAAGGGAGAUUUUAGAACAACAAGAGGAAAGAAACCCACUUAGAGAUGGAAAAGGAAAUGGUUAAAGUACUAAAGCAGAACAGUUUUAGAGUCUGCAGAGGAAGAAAGAAACUAUGUAUUGUGGAAGUUACAGCAUACAGGGGAAUUGAAUGGGGGUCUUCUGGUAACCAACAGUUGAGGGUAGUAAUAAAAGAGAGGAUGUCAAGAGGAGGGAGUAGUCCUUCAGGGCUCAGUGCUAGCAAUGGAAUGGCCUGGACAGGGAGAUUGAUUGAUUGAUUGAUUCUUGCAUGGUGGUGAAACAUCUUUGGUCAUAUGGUACUGGAUGACUUUUUAUGCUGAACAGUCACUGGGAACAAAUAGUCAUCACAGUAUGACUGAGUUCCCCAAGACAUGAAGAAACCAUGUGUGCAGUGAGUGUGACCCUUCCUAAGGCGGACCAGAGGUGUUUCCUUCCUGCGACCCCUGAUGUGGGGGUAUGACCAGGGACACACAGCCUUGGUCAUCUUGUUGUGCAGGCAGGGCCUCCCACCUAUUUUGCCACAUGCUCUGUAAGGUGGACUGCACAGUGGGACACAGGUCCCUGUAGGGGAGGGUACAAAGUCAGGAAGAAUGAGAACCUGUGGCCUGCAUCUUCCUUGUUAGCUUUCUCAUUGCCAGGGAAACUGGACAGGGAGGAUGUCCUGUCCAAAACAUUAAAUGAAUCUGAAGCUGAUCAUUUGAGACAAAGUGACAGAACCCCACAAGUGUAGCUCAUUUCCUGUGUAUCACAACUAGGUAAUCAAGGUAAAACAAACAAACACACACACACACACACACACACACACACACACACGUCACACUUAUGGAUUAGUCUGAUGAAUUUGAUAUCCUGUGAAUGAUUAAAUAGUAAUGGCUAUAAUUUUUAUAUGGUGGGAUAUACCGUAGAAUGCUUGUGACACCAUAUUUUAAUGGUGAAACUUUUUUUAAAGAACUUCCACAGUUAUGUUGAUCAAGAUUGAAAUAAAUAUCUUGUAAAAUUUGAAAUUCUGUAUAUAGAAACCAUAUCCUAGUUUAUAACGAUAGUAUAAGGAUGGACCUAAAAGUAAGCUUAGGGAACAAGUGUGUUAUUACAGGUAAGCUGAUGUUGCUGAUGAAUGAGACAGUUGUGUCUAGUGAGGAGUAAUUAGAGUAAUCUUUUUUAUGUCACUGAAUGAGGGCUCAAAAAUAAACUCAUUAAAGAAAUGUAAUACAUGAAGAUGUCACAUGAAAUGACACACUAGUCAAAGAAAAUUAAGUUUUUGAAAAUAUAUUACAGUAUGAUUUCCAAGGACAAGACCAAUCAAGCCAAAGUGGUGCCGUAAAACAUUUAUUUAAGUACAUCUUUUAUAACUGAGUUCCUUAGUGUCCGGUUUUUAUUUGAUAAUUAUUUAUCCCAUUCAUAUUUGCGGUUUUCCAAUUUUAAUGUUGGUGUAUGAUGAAUUUGUUGCAUAUUUUGUUGUUUAAGGAAAUGCAACAUUUCUAAAUUAGAAUGUGAGAAAUUGAAUAUUAUUUGAAAGAAGUGAGUGAUUUAAUUCAGAAAAUGAGAAAGAAAAGGAUUCACUCAAGUGAGGAAAAUGUUUGUUCAUCACCAUCAGGGUGACUUUUUUUCAGUGUAGAUUGCUUUCUUUUGUAGGCUUUACUGGCAUUCCUCAUAAAUGUCCAAUGUAUUUAGCAUAAUAAUUCCAGAUAUAAUAAAUAUUAAUGGAAGCAAAUUAAUAAUGGAAUGCAAACAUUUGAGUUAUUUGGAUAAUAAUAUAAAUAGCAUGAAAGAUAAAAAUAACAGCUGAUAUGAGUCCAAGAGACAAGCUGGGAGCAAACAAUAUACUGUCCUUCCUCAUGGUGGCUCAGGCAGUGAAUGAUUAUACAUUUCACUUUAUUUUUUUCUUUGGGACUCAUUCACUUGUGGCCAACAUGACAUGAAUGCAAGAACAUGAAAGAUAGUGGACUUUUUUUUUU